AUGGCUGCAACGACAGCUCAGUACAUUCUUUCUGGUAUAGUGGCUGCAGGCGUGGCAUUCUGGUACGACUUCAACAACUGGAAGGAUUCGGGGACCGGCGGUACGCCACCAACGCUUCAAGGCUAUUUGAAAAUCCAACGAUGGGGCCUCUAUCUGCUCUACAAGCGCCAGAAUCUGCUUGAUCCAUCACCAAUACCCGACACCGGAACAUCCUACAUCAAACCUCAAAAGGUACCAGAUCGCAUUGGCGACAGACCGGCUCUUACCCACUGGACUUUGCCGCAGCGACAAGUACCCGGAAAGAUCACACCAGCUGCGUCGAUGACACUUCAAGACCUGAUGCGAGAAUUCGCCAGCACGCCUGCGUACUCGUCGUAUAUCAAAGAAGGCCCAAGUAAAACUGAAGGAGGCACGGGAUCAGCCAUCUACGUCAAGCCAGAUGUCAAAAGCAUCAACCCAGUCGCGCACAAGAUUUUCUUCGAGGUCGCGCAUGUGCAUCCUUCUGAGAAUUCGCUACAUGUGUAUGUCAGUCCGCAGGAUGCGAAGCUCGUGAUGAACAGAGGAUGGGGGCAAAGGUUCCCGGUGACGUGGUUAGCACCGCCUAGCUGGAUCAUGGUGUACGCCCCGAGGACCGAGGAAGAGGUUGAAGUGGUCAGGGAGAUUGUUAGGGCUGCGGUGUGUUUUGCUGUCGGGAAAAACGUUGAGGCGAAUUGA